ACGUUGUUGAAUUCGUUUCAUUUCAACGGCAGGCAGUCGAAGCAAGGCUUGGCAGAAUGAUCGGCUGCCUUGAUUACAAUAAUUAAUUUUUCAUGAUACAUUUAACUAACCAUCAUCGCCAUCCAAACACAACUGUGCGUUUGAUACAUUUAUCUUCUGAUUUGGCGCCAGGAAGAGUGCACGAGAAAGAAAAGGCGCCUUGUUCUGGAGUCUGACCGGUAGAACGACACAGAUGGGACUGCACCAUAUAACAAGCAACGACGUUUCCCAUUUAAAGUUUUGGAUGAAUGCUUCAACAUAAGGAUUGUAACUGAGUUCACACGAAUAAGGGACACGUUUCGGGUCAAUGAAUGUGUUUUUCCAAGUGAAAACAUGGCUAGUUAGCUUCAGCUAGCUAACUCGCUAAAAUGCUAACUGCAUCAAUCUGAAGCAGGGUUGAGAUGUUCGUCUAAAUUUGGACCCAAGCUAGCUAAUCCAGGUAGCUAGCUAGUCACUGACAACAUUUCUGUGACAAGCUGUCUAACCCAUUGUAUGUAGGAUUAUUUUUAUAUGGUGAUUAUUGAUUGUGCGUGUUGGGGAAACUUGCAGAUCGAAACUUUGAUCACAUCUGCUGGCGGAGUUGUGGAAACAAUGUUUCAUUGACAUCGCAAAGUUAGCCUGCUUGCUACCGAACGUGACUUCAACGCUACUAUCCUCGACCAGUCAAUGGAAUUCCGAAUGAGUCAUUUCGGGUGUUGUCCUCCAAAAUUGGAAAAGCAGGAGGACAGCUUCUAGAAUCCUACAGAAGCUUAUUAGCGGGAUGAGACCGAUAUUGAAAGGAAUACAAAUCUGAAUGUUUCCAAACAUGGGGUCGUUAAAAGCACUUCAAGAAUGGUGUCGGAUACAAUGCGAGAGUUACAACGAUGUAGACAUCAAGAACAUGUCAUCGUCUUUCAGGGAUGGCUUGGCAUUCUGUGCCAUAAUCCACCGAUAUAGACCGGAUUUGAUAGACUUUGACUCCCUCUCCAAAGAGAAUGUCUACGAGAACAACCGUCUGGUGUUUGAGGUGGCGGAGGAGGAGCUGGGAAUCCCUGCUCUGCUGGACCCAGAGGACAUGGUCUCCAUGAAAGUGCCUGACAGGCUGAGCAUCAUCACCUAUGUCUCCCAGUACUACAACUUCUUCACCAACAAGUCCCAUGCCAACCCCCCCUGCAUGAAGAGGUCCAGUGGUACAGGCCACAUUGAGCCGGCCCAGAAGAGACCGGUGGCCCCUCUGGAAGACAAAGUGGUUGAGCCCGAGCUGAGCCUAGCUGGUCCGAUGGGUACGGACGGAGGGGUACAGGCGGGGGUGAAGCCUAGCACCCUCAGCAGCAGCUGCGCCGCCUGCCAGAGGCACGUCCACUUGGUGCAGAGGUUCCUGGUCGACGGCAAGCUCUACCACCGCAACUGUUUCAGGUGUAGGGAGUGUAGCAGCACUCUGCUUCCUGGGUCCUACAAGCUAGGAAACGAGGUCGGCUCCCUGGUCUGCACGCAUCACUUUGCCAGGUCUGCCUUAGCCAAUCAGAACGGCCGACCGGACCUAAGCAAGCGACCGACAACGGUUCCGUCCGUCAGGAUUGGUCGACCCACGCUGCCUCAAACUUCUCCUCCUUCUGGGAGGGACCAGGCGGCAAAGACUCCGGCUCAAGAGACUCCGCCACCAAAAGACACUCCGCCCCAAGAGACGCCGCCCCAAGAGACGCCACCAAAAGACUCUCCGCCCCAAGAGACACCUCCAAAAGAGACACCUCCAAAAGAGACACCUCCAAAAGAGACACCUCCAAAAGAGACACCUCCAAAAGAGACACCUCCAAAAGAGACCCCCAAAGAGACUCCGCCCCAAGAGGGCGUCACCAAUGAGGAUUACACCCCCACACCAACCAAUGACUCUGACUCUACACCAUGUCCUAUCUCAACGCCAAUAACGGACUCUUUGAAAACAGAGAAAGAGAGGGAAGACAGUGCAGGAGAAAGAGAGGUCAAACCUCCACCCUCCUCCAUUCCUCCCAACCCUUUCGAUGACAUCGAGGAGGAGGGGGAGGAGACACCGACACCAGCCAAAGACACAGCCAAUGGGGUUAUCCCUCCUACACCUGUCAGUCAUCUAGGACUAGGGGACAGUAAGCCAGUCCCCAUCCCUCGCCGUUUGUCACAGCCCUCCCCUCCACCUCGUCCAGCCCCCAGGGUCCGCCCACCCCGCGUUGACAACCUUGCGGUCAAUGGUGAUCGUGGUGAACACAGGAGAUCUCUUCCUCCAGCUCCCAGACCUCGAGAAAGAUCCCAUUCCCCUGGAAGCUCCAGUCUGUCCAGCGACGCCCCCAAACCCCCUAACCCGCCCUGGCUGGCCCUCGUCCAAUCCCAAGAACCCAAGAAGAAACCAGCACCUCCCCCUCCCCCUGGAGUGGCCACACCCUCACACACUGGUUCGUUAUCUUCUCUAAAAGGGGAGGGCUCCAGACCAGCCACGCCCCCUGCACCCGCCAACCCCUUCGAUGAGGAAGUAGAGGAAGAGGAGGUGGGGUCAGGGGAGGGGUCAGUAGGAAGUUUGGUUUCUCCCACUGUGGUGGUGAGUCAUCCGUGGUACAGCAUCUCCCAGGCUGCAGACGCUGCAGCUGACCCAGACACGCCCCCCAUUGGGGGUAUUUCCUCCCGCUCUGCAAGCCCCAAUAGCUCCAGGUGCAAGAAACGCCCUGCGCCCCCAAAGCCUGUUCCAAAGGCCCCCGGCUCUAACUCAGCCCUUCCUCACUCCCAGCCCUCCUCUUCCUCUCCCUCUCCAGCUAUUAGCAUAGAGAGCCUAUCUUCUGCCUCCGACCAUAGCUCCUCCCACCCAGCUUCCCUAGGGGGCGGAGCCACAGGCGAUCAGGACAACCCUUUCACCAAGAGCGUAUCAGAGCCCUCCAUCUGUGGGCCCUGUGGUGGCUCCACCCCCUCCACCUCAGCCAAUCGCCUCUCUCCGAGCCCCUCCCCUCCUCCCCAGCCACCCAAUCCUAGAUCGGCUCCGGCCACUCCGCAGAGCAAUCGGAGUGCCAGGCCCCCGCCCCCAAGACCCCCGACGACACCCAGCCCCCUGGCAGCAUCAAGUGCUAUCCCAGUUCCACCCCCCAAGCGGACUUGUAAGGAAAACCCUUUCAACAGGAAAGCCUCUCCCUCCCCCGUUUCCUCCCCUAAAACCAGACCCCCUAGAGGCCCUCGCCCUGCCCGGCCCCCCGCACCUGGACACGGCUUCCCCCUCAUCAAACGCAAGGUGCAGUCAGACCAGUACAUCCCAGCAGAGGACAUCCAUGGAGAGAUGGGAGAGCUGGAGAAACAGCUGGAUGAGCUGGAGCAGAGAGGAGUGGCUCUGGAGAGAAAACUACGAGAUAACCCCAAUGAUGAGGAGGAGGAGACCUUGCUGGUGGACUGGUUCACUCUGAUCCAUGAGAAACACCUGCUGGUGCGCCGCGAGGCUGAGCUGGUCUACACGGCAAAGCAGCAGAACCUGGAGGAGAGGCAGGCUGAUGUAGAGUAUGAGCUGAGAUGUCUUCUUAACAAACCAGAGAAAGACUGGAAUGAGGAGGACAAGGGCAGGGAGCAGGAGCUGAUGACAGAGCUGGUCACCGUCAUCGAACAGCGGAACCAAAUCAUCAACAACAUGGAUCAGGACAGGCAGAGGGAAGAGGAAGAGGAUAAGCUGGUGGCGACCAUGUUGAAGAGAAAAGACUUCCAGAAGGAGCCAGCAGCAGAGGGCGAGCAGCAGCAGCAACAGAAGAAGAAGAAGAAGGAGAAGUUCAAACCCAUGAAGGUUCUGAAGAGGUUGAGUGUGAACCAAGGAAAAGGUGGCAGCCCACGCAAGGAGAUGGCAGAGAAGGACAAGAGCUGAACAAGGUAUGGAAGGAGGGAGGUGGGAUACCAUCCUUUACAGAGGGACAUAUCAGAUGGAAAGAGCAAGGAAAUGACGGAUGAAAACAAAACACGGUGGAGGAAGAGAAGGAAAAACAACCCAGGAUUCUCACAGCUAUGUUAAAGACUGUAAUGUGUGCAACCUGUAAUUUGCUCCUCCUUCCUCUUACUGUAGCAUAUCCUUCUAAUCGCUCCUCCCUACCAGAGUAUGUGAGCAGAGUUAAGCGGUUUGAAAUCCCGCUCUUGCUAGCGAUCCACCUCUUUUCAACUGCUCCGCUAAAAACCGUUCUGCGCUCACAGGAAAAGAAAAUGGCCGCUCCAAAUUCGCUCCAUUCAUUAAAAUCACAAUUUAACCAACACCCAUCUAUUUUUGUGACUACCUUGACUUACCAUUUGGUAUUUAAGUAAUGAAACCAAACCAUAUGAUUUGAAUUAAAAGUAUUUGAAUAAACAAAUACGUUGGAAUAUGCCAAGCCUAUUUCUUUUAGCAUGUGCAAAUGGUAAGUACACCAUCAUGCUUUCGGGAUGCGUGUCUUUUCAGAUUCCACGAUUGAUUCUUUAGUUGUGGACGCUACAUCACCGCAAUCCCUCUCUUGCUCUUGGUCCUCAUCUUGUAAGUCACCUUGAUUUAGCACCUGUGUGUUUUAGCAGUUUCUUUAUGAAAAUAUUUAGUGAACUCCAUGACAGUAGCUAAAGCAAGGUGUUAUAGCGGAACACAAGUAGACUACAGAUGCAUGCUGGGCCGGGCAUGCCCUGAGCUCGUGAAGUGAGCGCUAUUGGAGCGGGCGAGAAGGCCGACGCUCCAGCCUUUGGGAAUCUCGCUCCGAGGCUCCAGUCAAAUUGGGAUCGCUCCACUCCACUCACAUACUCUGCUCCCUACUGUAGCUCCUCGCUCCACUCCGCUCACAUACUCUGCUCCCUACUGUAGCUCCUCGCUCCACUCCGCUCACAUACUCUGCUCCCUACUGUAGCUCCUCGCUCCACUCCGCUCACAUACUCUGCUCCCUACUGUAGCUCCUCGCUCCACUCCACUCACAUACUCUGCUCCCUACUGUAGCUCCUCGCUCCACUCCCUUCACAUACUCUGCUCCCUCCUGUAGCUCCUCACUCCACUCUGCUCCCUACUGUAGCUCCUCACUCC